AUGUUGUCAAUACUGCGAAAAGCCCGUCUGAAGGACAAGGAGAUGCGAAUAUUGAUGCUGGGUCUGGAUAAUGCGGGCAAGACUACUAUUGUUAAACGGAUCAUGAACGAGGAUGUCACCACAGUCAGCCCCACAUUGGGCUUUAUUAUCAAGACUAUUGAUUUCAUGGGAUACAAACUCAACAUCUGGGAUGUUGGUGGGCAAAAAACACUACGCUCAUACUGGAAAAACUACUUCGAGAAAACCGACACUCUUGUCUGGGUAGUUGAUGCUACAGAUCGUCUUCGUGUGGAUGACUGUCGUCAGGAGCUAGCUGGGCUGCUUCUGGAAGAGCGCCUAAUGGGAGCCACCCUUCUGGUCUUUCUAAACAAAACAGACGUGGAACAUUGUAUGGGUGAGGAUGAGGUGCGAGAGCGCCUUGGCUUGGAUCUAAUCAAAACACACAAAUGGACUAUUCUCCCAUGCAGUGCCAUGACGGGCAAAAACCUCACAGAAGGUUUGGAAUGGGUGGUACAGGAUGCCAAAGACCGACUUUUCCUGUAUUAG